AAAGCCUGCAGCCUGCAAACAGACAGCACCUUCUAGAAGGGUUUCUGAUAAACAACUUGAAGCCUCCAGCGACAGAAGAACUUACUCCUCUUCAGCCAUGACCGAAAGGCGCAUCCCUUUCACUUUCCUCCGUACUCCAUCCUGGGACCCGUUCCGUGACUGGUACCAGGGCAGUAGGCUCUUUGACCAGACCUUUGGGAUGCCAGCAUUUCCAGAGGAGAUGCAUGUUUUUCCCAGCAGCCACUGGCCUGGCUAUAUGCGCCCUCCUAUAGGUGCUGAGUUGGCCUCCCUGAUGCAGAGCGCUCAGGUACCCUCACCCUCCGUGCAUACACCCGUUGUGGCUCAUCCAGCGGCAUACGCUCAAGCCUUGUCACGCCAGCUGAGUACCGGGAUGUCUGAGAUCAAACACACACAGGAUAACUGGAAGGUGAACUUAGAUGUCAAGCAUUUCGCUCCUGAGGAGCUCACGGUCAAGACGAAGGAUGGUGUGGUGGAGAUUAUCGGAAUCCACGAGGAGAGGAGGGACGAGCAUGGAUUCAUAUCUAGAUCCUUCACUAGGAAGUACACACUGCCCCCUGGUGCUGAUGCAGAGAAAAUCACCUCCUCACUCUCCCCUGAGGGAGUCCUAACUGUGGAGGCGCCGCUCCCCAAACCCGCCAUCCAGUCCUCUGAGAUCACCAUCCCUGUAAACACAGCCAGCAGCGCCGUGCAAAAGCAGGAAGGGAAAAAGUGAAGAAGAAGAAGAAGAAGAAGAAGAGAAAAAAUGGUUUCGAGCAUGACAUUUGAGAUAGACAAGAUACUGUUUUACAUACAGCAUGCUCUAGUCUCUGCCUUUUCAAUGCACGCUUUAGUGUAUGACAUGAGAUUGACUCACUUCUUAAUUUUCUCUUUGUGUUUCUUUUUUUCUCACCAUUACAGUGUGCACUGCAACCAUAUUUUAGUUUGAUGCUAAUUACACACUUCACCUGAGUAAUGAACAAUGAACCCUUACAAACACACACACACACACACACACACACACACACGAGUACCGUUUGUUGGCGGGAACUGUUAGCAGUGUGCACACUUGUUAAUAGAGGGGUGUUGGUUUCUUUGACACAAAAACACACAUGUAGCACUACACACCGAGAGACAGUCUUGACACCAUUCACACACCUCUGAUCCCCAACAGAGCAGUUACUUUCCUCCCUCUGACUCAAGAGAACAAACUGUAUGAAAAGGCUUUAUGGGAGUUAAGGAUGUUUGUUGUUCUUAGAAUGUUUUAAAGGAAGACAACUGAGCAGAACACAAUGCUAUGAACUCUUCAAUAAACGUUUUAACCUCAA